GGGUACGUUUUUGACAAAAAUAAGAAAGAAAAAAAAAGCACUGUGCACGUGCUCAUCAACAUCAACGGCGUCACUUCACCAUACCCAAGCUCCGAAGGGCACAAUCGUCAAAUAAUCUCCCUCUAACAGCCACCUUUCCUCCGCCGUCACUACGAUUGCUUCUUCUCAGUCACAAUUUCGCGAGUUUCCUUCUAAGUGAUUCUCUUAAGGGCAGUGAUGGCCAUAACCGCCACCAUUUCAGUACCUAUCACAUCACCCACUCGUCGCUCUCUUGCUUCCUUCAAUUUCUUUCAAUCUUAUUCCCGUUCCAUUUUGGCCACACGACAAAGCACUUUCAAAUACCCUAAUUCCUGCAUGGUUGCUUCCUCCAUGAAAACCGAAACUCCGGCGAAGACAACUUCCUCCACUUCCUUCCUCCACCAAAAGGAGUCUGGCUUUCUCCAUUUCGCUAAGUAUCACGGUCUCGGAAACGACUUCGUUUUGAUUGAUAAUAGAGACUCUUCUGAACCAAAGAUUAGUUCAGAGAAAGCUGUGCAACUAUGUGAUCGUAACUUUGGUGUUGGUGCUGAUGGAGUUAUUUUUGUCUUGCCUGGAAUUAAUGGUACCGACUAUACAAUGAGGAUUUUCAACUCUGAUGGUAGUGAGCCUGAGAUGUGUGGCAAUGGAGUGCGAUGCUUUGCUAAAUUUGUUUCUCAGCUCGAGAGUUUACAUGGAAGGCACAGUUUCACAGUACACACUGGUGCUGGGCGGAUUGUUCCUGAAGUCUUGGAGGACGGAAAUGUCAAAGUUGAUAUGGGGGAACCAAUUCUUAAAGCAUCAGAUGUGCCUACUAAAUUAUCUCCAAAUAAGGAUCAUGCUGCUGUUAAAUCAGAGAUAGAUGUUGAUGGAGUUAUCUGGAAUGUGACUUGUGUUAGCAUGGGAAAUCCACACUGUGUAUCCUUCAGUAGAAAAGGAGUUCAGAAUUUGAUUGUUGAUGAAUUGAACCUAGCUGAAAUUGGCCCAAAAUUUGAACGCCAUGAGAUGUUCCCUGCCCGAACUAACACAGAGUUUGUGCAAGUUCUUUCUAAUUCCCACCUGAAGAUGCGUGUUUGGGAGCGCGGAGCAGCGGAAACUCUCGCUUGUGGGACUGGAGCUUGUGCUACUGUUGUUGCAGCAGUUCUUGAGGGCCGUGCUGGGCGGAACUGCACGGUUGAUCUACCUGGAGGGCCUCUUCAGAUUGAAUGGAAGGAUGAAGAUAAUCAUGUCUAUAUGACUGGUUCAGCUGAUCUAGUGUAUUAUGGAUCUUUGCCUCUUUGAAUAUUGCCCCUAAACUAGAGAGAAGCUUUACCCACCUCCAAAUUUUUGAAAAAUAACCACAUGAUAUCAGAAAUUUGAGAAGUGUACUACUGGACUGUAAGUACACAUCCAUACUGUGGUUUUCUUCAGAUGUGUAAUUCUAAGUGACUUUGGGGGUGGGAAAAAUUUCACCUCUAAAUUAUUGUGUAACUCUAAGUGACUUUGAUGGUUGGAAUGCUAUGUAGUUGAUGAAUGAGAUGAGAGUCAUAAAGAUUAAGUAUGAGAUGUAUUGUUGAUUGUGAUAAAGAUUUGAUAAUGAUAAAUGGAGACCUGUUCUGUGUUGA